UUUGUCUCUUUGUCCUAACGCAAGAAGAAAGUACCAGUGGUUGGUCUAUGCCUUUGAAAAGAAUCCAAAUACUUGUUUUGGACGCACUCGUAAGCUUCUUUGCAAUGUCCACUAUCACCCACUAAGCAACAAGCCAGGAUAUUGUCUUGUUCUGUUAAGGCAUGUUUGGAGUGGCGUUGUAGUAGAAGAUGAUACCGAGUUUGGCCAGCCCUUAUUCCCAUCCACUUCACUUGCUGUCAAAAAUCAACUUAGAGAGAGAAACAAACAAGUUUUACAGAGAGAAAAUCUGGGAAGAAAGAGACGGAGAGUGUGGGGGAGCUUUGUUACCUCUGUAUUUCAGAAAUUCCAUAUUCCUCUGAUUCUCCCAAGGAAAAAACAAAUGAAUGGCGACAAAACAACCUCUCGUAUUGUCACCUAUGCAGCCAUGGGAAAGUCCUAUAAACACAAGAGCUUCAAUUCCAACACCUGCUCUGCCCAAAACCGUAUAGCAAAAACCCUGCAUAAAUCUGAACCCACUUUGAUGCAUUCGGAGAUUUUGUCAGCAAGCUUUGAAAUUUCCUUCGGGGUUUUUCUGGGUUUUUAAUCAAUUUGAAAACCCAGUUGGUAACUUGAAGCUGGUGGUGCACUUGAUCAGUUCUCAAGGAGGAACUAAUUGAACAUUCUCUGAGUUUGCUCUCAGUUGUCAAUGGCUGGAUCAGUUCGAGACGAUGGAUCUCCUUCAACUUCAUCACUCCACUUUCCCUGGAUGCCACUAUCUCCUGAGUUAGGAUUACCAUACACCUGGCUUAGGGGUAUGGAAUCUGAGCAGCGGGGUUUGUAUUUGUUAAAGCUUCUUGAAGCCUGUGCUAACCAUGUAGCUGUUGGUAGUAUGGACAACACUAACUUCAGUCUUGAGCAAAUUUCCCAUCUUGCUUCUACUGAUGGUGAUACAACGCAGCGAAUUGCUGCAUACUUCACCCAGGCAUUUGCUGAUAGGAUGCUUAAACGGUGGCGUGGUCUGCAUAAAGCCCUCAAUUCAACAAAAAUAUCGUCACUCAAAGAGGAAAUUAGUGUUCGAAGACUCUUCUAUGAGCUCUGUCCCUUCUUAAGGCUUGCGCAUGAGAUCACAAACCAGGCAAUUAUAGAAGCAAUGGAGGGGGAGAAGAUGGUUCAUAUUAUCGAUCUCUAUUCAUCUGAGCCUGAGCAGUGGAUUAAUCUUCUUCAUACAUUGAGUCAUCGGCCAGAAGGCCCACCCCAUUUGAGAAUCACAGGUAUUCAUGAGCACAAAGAGGUAUUGGACCAAAUGGCUCUUCUGUUGAAGGAAGAAGCUGACAAAUUGGACAUCCCCUUUCGAUUCAAUCCUGUUGUGAGCAAAGUAGAGGAUCUCGAUCUUGAAACUUUGCGUGUUAAUACUGGAGAAGCUCUUGCAGUCAGCUCUGUGCUUCAGCUACAUUCUCUCUUGGCUACUGACGAGGAAGUGCUCAGAAGUAGCUCACCUUCGGUGUCAAAGAACAUGCAGAAAGUUUUCCAUAUGGACCCACGGACUUUUCGAGAGUUCCUUGAGAAGGAUCCGGUCAUGAUGUAUAUGGCCAAUACUGAUCCCACAUCCACAUUAUCUCCAUUAUCUCUAAGUGCUUCCCCAAAAAUGGGGAGCUUUUUAACUGCUCUCUGGGGCCUCUCACCGAAACUGAUGGUGAUAACUGAGCAGGAAGCAAACCAUGGUUCUACAUUAAUAGAGAGAGUUAGAGGAGCAUUGAAUUUCUAUGCUGCCCUGUUUGAUUCUUUGGAGUCUGUUGCACCAAGAGCAUCAAUUGAGCGACAAAAGGUUGAAAAGAUGCUUUUUGGAGAGGAAAUUAAGAACAUCAUAGCAUGUGAGGGAGCAGAGAGAAAGGAGAGGCAUGAGACGCUUGAGAAAUGGAUUUUAAGGCUUGAGUUGGCCGGUUUUGGUAGAGUGCCUUUGAGCUAUCACGGUAGGUUGCAGGCCUGUAGGCUGUUGCAGGGUUUUGGUUAUAAUGGCUAUAAUAUCAAAGAAGAGAAUGGAUGUUUGGUUAUCUGCUGGCAAGAAUGCCCCCUCUUUUCAGUCUCCGCCUGGAGGCUUAGAAGGUAAUGACUGCGAGUAGUUUCGAUGUUGUGACUGGUUGCUUUUUAUCGUUCUUUCUGUUUGUUAGUAUAAACAUCUUUAAGUUUAUUUUUUUGUCUUCUGCGACUGCAUACUGUUCUACAGAAAGGAUUCAAGAACCUCAUUCUCUAUUCUGAAACUCCUGUUAUUUAUUUAUUUGUUCUAGUUUCCUUUCUAUUUGUGUAUCUGGCUGAAACCAUGUUCUGAAGAAAUUUAUGAUUAUGAAUGCUCUCUC